ACUGCAGCCCUUCAGGUCCACACCCGGGAACACGCUCCGGACGGCUCGCCAACAUCCUAAAAUAGCAAAAAGAAGUUUUCAUGAUAUCACAUUUUAUAACAAUAGCUAAUAAUAAUAGCAUUUAUAUUCAUCGCACCAUUUGCGUAUAUAUGAUCUUUUAUAUAUUUUACUAUUGCAACACUUUUAUUCUAUUUGCAAGCGUGUUUAAGUUGUCGUAGUACAUGUUGAUUAUAUCAAAUAAUUAUAUCGAUCAAUUCAUAUACGUACCAGCCUCGAAGUCCAGCAUGAAGCCUUCUACCUCUGGUGGGGAUUCCAAACAUCAUAUACGUACCAGCCUCGAAGUCCAGCAUGAAGCCUUCUACCUCUGGUGGGGAUUCAAAACAGCUGUCCGACGUGACAUCAGUACGAAGCACAGAGGGACCUGCUUCGUACAUCCGUCCUGCUGCAGGAAGGCGUGGAUUGACCAGAGCUGCUGGAACGGCUCCCGGCGGAUCUUGAAGGUCCCGUCACAGUACCAUCGUCUCGCCUGCUGCAGAAGCCGAAGCUGGGUAGGUGUGGCAAACAUCAGAUGACGGUGGCUGCCGACACGGACGUCACCAACGAUGAAGUCAUCGCAGUCCAGGAACUCGCGAUUCACCUGA